AUGGCAGCCGGCCUACCUCCAAACGAUGACCCUGCUCAGGAGCCAUCAAGCCCGGCGUGGAGCCCCGUAGUUGGGACCGUGACUUCUCCGCAGCUCGUGCUCACUCCCCUUGCUCGGCCGGAGGGAUACUUCGAACCGACCAGCCUCUCGUUCAACCCAUUACCAGGUUCAGUCUUGGCUCGCCCCCCGGCGUCGUCGUGGCGUGUCAACCUCGCCAUGACGGGCGACUUCGAUCCCGAUCCCGAGCUGUGCCGCCAGUACGCCCAUUUCGCCUCUCAUCUGGUGCGCUGGCAGUUCAAGAUUCUAUACUGGACCAUGUUCUUCGUCAACCUCGCGCUGCUUUUUCUUGCCUCUUGGAUAUACAUCAAGUUUGUCCCGCCCUGCACGCCUCGCGAGAGCAGGACUGACGGGAAGCGCAGAGGCCAACUCGCGCUGGAGAGAACGUCGCCGAAUACGAGGAAGCGUGCCAACAUACUGACGAGAUACAUCUUCGCCUGCCUCGGCUGCGUCUUCGUCUCGACGGUCGUCGUCGUCAUGGAGGCCUACGCCCUGUUGGCACUGCAGUUUUGCGACGGCGAGAAUCUCAUGUCGCUCUACUGGUCUACCUGGACCAUGAUUCAGGUGGGAUCGUUGAUAGCCAUCGUCGGCAUCAUCCUGGCCCUGCUCCAUUCCUUGCGGAACAGGAAGCAUCCUCCUUGGGCCCUCGCGCUGGGGACUCCUGUUCUCGUCAUUGCCGGGUUCCUGCACCUCUUUCACGACUGCACCAAGAAGCGAGUCAAGAACAUUCGGCAUCGACGACGACAGCAGCAGACGGGAAGCGCCGAUCUCGGGCCACCCAUGAGCCAAGCAAACACCAUCAUGGAUGGUGAUGGCGAGGAAGACGAAGGCAUCCACGCCCACUUCAUCGGCUUCACCGUCAACGGCGGGCCGAUUGUCCGUUUCGUGAACCCCAUUUCCGACUCGAUCGACACGGGACAAGGCGAGAUCCUCGGGUACUGCAGGGAGAAUCGUCCCAUCAUAGCGUACGAAAUGGGCGUCAUCGACUUCACGCCCGAAACUCGAGCCGCGAGCGUUGACACGAGUCCCGGGCCAGGCAAGGGGAGAGGGGUGGCGGGGACAGCAUGA